AUGUGCGGCGUCCGGAGCAUCCAGGUCAAAGGGGUCAAUUUUGAGGCAGUGCUGAGGGUGGAGGAAGAAGAGGCCAACUCCAAGCAAAAUCGCACAAAACAGGAAGUGGAGGAUGAUUUAGGUCUUAGCAUGCUGAUUGAUUCCCAGAACAACCAGUAUAUUUUGACCAAGCCCAGAGAUUCAACAAUCCCACGUGCCGAUCACCACUUCAUAAAGGACAUUGUUACCAUAGGAAUGUUGUCUUUACCCUGUGGCUGGCUAUGCACAACAAUAGGAUUGCCUACAAUGUUUGGCUAUAUUAUUUGUGGUGUUCUUCUGGGACCUUCAGGACUAAAUAGUAUUAAGUCUAUUGUGCAAGUGGAGACAUUAGGAGAAUUUGGUGUGUUUUUCACUCUUUUUCUUGUUGGCUUAGAAUUUUCCCCAGAAAAGCUGAGAAAGGUGUGGAAGAUAUCCUUACAAGGACCAUGUUAUAUGACACUAUUAAUGAUUGCAUUUGGCUUACUAUGGGGACACCUUUUACAGAUCAGACCCACUCAGAGCGUUUUCAUUUCUACUUGUUUGUCUUUAUCAAGCACACCUUUAGUAUCCAGAUUCCUCGUGGGCAGUGCCCGGGGUGAAAAAGAAGGUGACCUUGACUAUAGUGCUGUGUUGCUUGGAAUGCUGGUGAUGCAGGAUGUACAGCUGGGGUUAUUCAUAGCUGUCAUGCCAACUCUUAUCCAAGCAGGAGCCAGUACAUACUCUAGCAUUGUCAUGGAAAUACUACGAAUACUGCUUUUGAUUGGUCAGAUUCUUUUUUCGCUGGCUGCUGUUUUUCUGUUAUGUCUUGUUAUAAAGACUUACCUUAUAGGACCAUAUUAUCGAAAGCUACAUAUGGAAAGCAAAGGGAACAAAGAAAUCCUUAUCUUAGGAAUCUCGGCUUUCAUCUUUUUAAUGUUAACGGUCACAGAGCUGCUGGAUGUCUCCAUGGAGCUGGGCUGCUUCCUGGCCGGAGCGCUCAUCUCUUCCCAAGGCCACAUGGUCACCGAGGAGAUUGUGUCUUACAUCGAGCCGAUUCGCGACUUCCUGGCUAUCAUUUUCUUCGCAUCCAUAGGCCUCCACGUGUUUCCCACUUUCGUGGUGUACGAGCUCACCAUCCUGAUGGUCCUCACGUUGGCGGUGGUGAUCAUGAAGUUUGUUCUGGCAGCACUGGUCUUGUCUCUCCUCUUGCCGAAAACCAGCCAGUACAUCAAGUGGAUCGUGGCCGCGGGGCUGGCCCAAGUCAGCGAGUUCUCUUUUGUCCUGGGGAGCAGAGCCCGCAGAGCUGGCAUCAUUUCUCGGGAGGUGUACCUCCUGAUCCUGAGCGUGACCACGCUCAGCCUCUUACUGGCCCCGGUGCUGUGGAGAGCUGCAAUCACAAAGUGCGUGCCACGACCAGACCGGCGUUCAAGUCUCUGA